AUGCCUUCUUCUGCGCCGCAAGAUGAUCUCUCAGUUGGAGAUGUUUUUACUCCGCAGGCUGACAGCGCGCAGCCCUCCGCCGUCGACAUCUUGACCAAUCACCGCGUCCCGGAUGUCCACAUGGGAGACGACCAGCUGUCGCCGCGCAAGCAGAUGGCCAAUUACAGGGCCAAUGGGGAUAAUCUGAUGCAACCCCCGGCGUUUCAUCCGACCCUGUUGUCCGGCAAGCAGCGGCGCAAGACUAAGAAGAAGAAGCAAGCCACGCAGGCGGAUCCAGCAUUGUCGACGGUCCGCGGUUUCACGCCACUAGCCUCCGCGGACGAGGACUCCGAUUUCUCCACGACUAGCUCCCGCACUGCCGAGUCUCGUCCGGUGACCUCCAAGGGUGGAGCGAGCCCGCGGGCUCAGCCCCACAGCCACGGAGUGAGCGCCUUGAAGCUCCAGCUUGACUCGCUGAGUCUUUCUGGGAAGCCUACUGCAGGCACCGGCGGCUUUUGCUCGGAAACUCCCAGUAACGCAAGCGUGUACUCCGAUAGCGACCAGACUGAGAUUUUGACCAGCUAUGAAGUGUCGCUGGAGCAUGACUUUGUCAGUACAGAUGCCACAAAAGAGGAGGGACCUGUCAGUACGAGCCCAGCCGCAGCUGGAAAUGGAGUCGAUAUGCGGAACCUGCUCUGCCGGAAGAUGACCGCAGAAGAUUUCGAGCCUCUGCUUUGCCUUGGCAAGGGUUCAUUCGGAACUGUCUUGUUGGUUCGUCACGUGGUCACUGGUAAGCUUUAUGCCCAGAAGCAAUUUAAGAAGGCCUCGAUCACCGUCCACAAGAAACUCGUGGAGCAAACCAAGACGGAGCGCAUGAUAUUAGAGAGUGUCAACCGCCACCCGUUCGUGGUGAAGUUGUUCUAUGCGUUCCAGGAUCACGAGAAGCUCUACCUGAUUUUGGAGUACGCCCAGGGCGGCGAGCUGUUUACUCAUCUUGCUAUGGAGCGUAUGUUCCAAGAGGAUGCCGCGGCGUUUUACAUGGCCGAAAUGGUCCUCGCCUUGGAGCACCUCCACCAGAACGUCGGCGUCCUCUACCGCGACCUCAAGCCAGAGAACUGCCUCCUUGAUCAUGACGGCCACCUUCUCCUCACCGACUUUGGCCUGAGCAAGAUCGCGGUGAGCGACGAUGAGCGCUGUAACUCCUCCCUGGGCACAAUCGAGUACAUGGCCCCCGAAGUCGUUCAGGGCAAACCGUACGGCAAAGCAUGCGACUGGUGGUCCCUGGGCGCAUUGGGCUUCGACCUUCUCACCGGUUCCCCUCCCUUCCGUGCUAACAAUCACGCUAAACUGCAAGAGAAGAUCGUUAAGCAAAAGCUCGUUCUGCCUUACUACCUUGGCCCAGACGCAAAGGACCUACUUAUCCGACUACUCCGGAAAGAUCCCACGAAGCGACUCGGUUACCACAUGCCUAAGGACCUGCUGACUAUCAAAAAGCAUCGGUUCUUCCGCAAGAUUGACUGGGCAGCUCUCGAGCGUCGCGAACUCGAACCACCAAUUCAACCUGUCGUCACGGAUCCCGCUCUGGCCGAGAACUUCUCUGCUGAUUUCACUCAGAUCCCACUCAGUCCGACAGGGACUGGCGGGUUUGACGACCUGUAUGCGGAGAGUCGGUCUCGAUUCUCGUCGAGUUUUGCGGGCCAGACGGCUGGUGACGGUGAUCCGUUUGGUGGAUUCAGCUUUGUGGCGUCGAGUAGCUUGCUGGAUCAUGGGCUUGGGGUGAUGGCGACAUGA